AUGAUAAAAAUUCCAGAAAUUGCAAAAGAAUUAAAAAACAAUAAACAUUCUAAACAACAAUCAGCAAAUAUUCUUAUAUCUCAAUUUAGAAAAUUUUAUUUGCAAGAUAGUCCAUUUACUACAUCUUUUUUACCAAAUAUUAAUACAGCUUUAAGUUG